AAUAGCACCGCUCCACUGCUCGCCAUCCCCCCGGAGCUCAUCGAUACCAUCCUGUCGCAUCUUGCCGCAUGCGACCUCGCCGCCGUCUCAGCCACAUGCCGCUCCUUGCGCGAACAUGCGCUGUCUGACCUGCUGUGGCAGGCCCUUGUCCAGCAGAAUGUCCCCGGCACCCAGGUCGCAACCUCAGGGCCGUGCGCGAGCUUCAGGGAGCUGUAUGCAGCCCACGACCGCCUGUGGUUUCUGCCAAAGUUCAAGAUUUGGUUCUGCGACCGAGAUCUGACGGGAAAGCUGAUUCUGGUGCGUUAUGACACCCGGCGCGGCUGCAUCGAGGGCUACCAGCUGGUGGCUGUCAGCAACCAGUCGACCUUUGAGCAGUGGUCGGCAGAUCAGGACGUGAUUAUUCACGGCUUUGAGCCGGUGGUGAAGCUCCAUCUCGAUAAACCGGUGCUGCAGUUCCGCGUCCAGGAUAGGCAGGAGGAUGGAGGCUUCUCCAAAAGACCCGGCGCUAACCGCUUUGCCGACGAGAUGCCCAUGGCCUUGGACGAACGACUGGGUGGCAUGUUUAGCAAUUUUCUGCUCACAAGGCCAAUGGACUCUGAGGACGCGGUCCGACGGCUGGGACGGGGAUAUCCUUAUGGAAACAUGUGGCCAUCGCCUGUUGUCCCGGCAAACCACUAUGUGUCGGGCGCUCAGCCAGGUCGAGGCCAUGCCGCUCCCUCGAUGCAGGACAGGCCCCGAAGCAGAGCCCAGGUUUCUGACCAGACUUUCCAGAUACGACAAUGGAUGGAGUUGACGGGCACGCCUAACCCUCUCAGGUUCAUGGGGCAGGGAGGCCUCGCCGGAGCCCUCCAGGCUCUAGUUGACGAGAUUAUGGAGGAAGAGGCAAUGGGUGCUGGGGCUGGUGCCCUUGGCGUGCACAUUGGCGAAGAGCUCGUCACAUACUCGACUCUCGACCCGUCACUAUACACCCCAACGCCAGAAAGGCCGUGGAGGGGGAUUUGGGUUGGCGACUACAGCGCACAUGGCUGCGAAUUUUUGUUGAUACAUCAGCCCGAUGACCCACCCGCCACGGAUGCCGAAUUGGGCAUUUUCCGUGACGAGCAGGAUAGUGACGAGGCAUGGGAGAAGAAGAGACUAGAAGCGAGAAUGUACAGAGGUCGCUUAGAGGGCAUUAAGCUGACAGGGGAUCCAAAUAUCCCGAGAGGGGAGUAUACCUUUGUGGCCAAUGACUUGGGCCCGGACGGCUUCGUCGAAACUGCCACAGACGCUCAAUUCUCCGGGGCCAGGAUAGUGAAAAGCGAAGGUCACAUUGCCGCGACGGGCUUUCUCAGAGACAAGUUCAUUGAAACCCAGCUGAUCCUCAUCAGCCCGAACAAGCUCGCAAUGCACUGGGUUGGAUUCGGUCACAUUAGCUUCUUAGAGAGAGUCAACAUUGACCAGUUACUUGCUCCCUAA